GAAAAACUAAAUUGUAGAAUACUUGUUAAAUCAUUUUCUACAUUACCAACGGGUAUUGUACUCAUGCGCACAUACACGAUUCAAAUUCUACUUUAACUAUUUACUAUACGUUUAUAAUACUUCGUUUAAAAGUAGCUCUCGAUUGAUAGUAUAGUAUAAAACGAGACAAUUUGUGCAGAAGUGCCCAUGUGCUGUUAUUUGUGCAAUUAAUUGUAUGGAGAGAAAUAGCGAAACAUCAAGAACUGUCGUAAAACGGAGAGAGUUAGAUCUUAUCAGAAUGGUAAAGAUAGCAUUUCAGAUAAAAGCUACGUUAGAAAAUAUAGAGGAACUGAAACCAUCGGGAACAGAAUUUAGAUGGUACCUCAAAUUUACUUGCUGUAAUUGUGGCGAAGUAUCAGAAAAAUGGAAUUAUGUAUCUUUGAGCGAGUCCAUUCCAAGCCAAAGAGGAAACUCAGUGAAUCACUUUGCGAGCAAAUGCAAACUUUGUUCUCGCGAAAAUUCCAUGAGCAUCUUGGAGGACUCCAUCAAAUCGUUUCUCGCGAACGAUCAGGAGAAAUUCCAAACGAUAGCGAUAUUCGAUUGUCGAGGCCUCGAACCUAGUGAUUUCUCAGCAAGAGAGGGAUGGACUGCUAAAGCCGUAAACGAUGGAAAAGUAUUUACAGAUGUAGAUUUAAGCGAAGGAGAGUGGGCUGAUUAUUGCGACAAGAUUAAAGAACCUGUUGGAAUUUAUGAAAUAGAACAUAGAUUUGAAAGAAUGAAAUAAUAAGUUUUAAGUGCUUGUUACUGCAAUCAAUACACACAUAAUGGGAUACUCUACGAAAAAUAGAAAUACUUUGAAUUCAAUAUAAAUUUUACAAAAGUAGUCUUUUUCUUGUCUGCUCAUCUUUUCACUACUAAGCUGAUACUCUACUUUAAUCGUAUUCUGUUAAACAAUUUGUUUCAAUGUACAUACAUGUGUAAUCUACGCGCGUAUUGUGCAUACAUAUAUUUAAAUAUUUAUCUAAGCAGAGACAUUCAAAGAUGCCUAUAUCGAUUUGAAAUUUGUAAUUUUCUAAUCUAGAUAAUAAAAAGCUAUUUGUUUGUUGUCAUUGAAAACGUAGAAUAUGAUUUACACGUUCUUGCACAUUCAUGUAUACACAAAUCUACUAUAAUGUAAUAAAUACAUAUUUGUAACAUGAA